AUGACCGCGAAGGGGCUCAAGAUCCCGCUGCCGGGGGCGAUGACUGAUGAGGAUGACCCGGACCUCGAAGAGCGGCCAACAGGGGAGAAAUUGAUGGACAGUCCUAUGAAAAGGCCAAGGGGUGGGGUGACGACCUCAGAGAUCACUGUGACCCAUGAUGUCAUGAGGCAGCUCUUGUCCGAACAGUCGCAAGUCCUUCUUGAUGCUCAGCGGAACCAGCUUAAGGUGGCACUUCAGGACUUGGAAGCGCGACAAAAUCAGAGGAUGGAUGCCUUGGACCAACAGGUUUCAUCGCAGGGUGGGAAGAUGGAAGACCUCGAGAGGCAGCUCCGCGACUUAGGGGACCGUGUCUACCGGGUGGAGAACAAUCAUGCAGGAGGGCACAGUGCUGGACCGAAUCGCCGCCAGACCCUUGUGUUCGGCGGGUGGCAGAAUCAAACUCGUAAAGGGGUUCUGCUGCAUCAGUUGGACGCAGCGCUUCGUGGUCUGGGAUUGGACAAGGACCUCGACCAGGCCCCAUUUACUACGGGCCUCAGGCGAUCAGUUGCCCUUUGCAACUUUCGUCGGAGGGAUGGGGAAACCGACGACCGUUGUCGAGAGCGGAUGCUUAAAGUGCUCCAGACAGUCAGUGCCGCCAAGGUUGAGCUCGAAGGCGGCCACAAGGCACUAUGGAGUUCCUUUUCGAAAUCUCCAGAGGAACGUGGCAGAGCGGCUUUGGCUGCCCUCGUGAAGAAAUGCAUACUACGUCUUCAACCUGCUCGUGCUGACGACUUGGAAGUGGAAUUUAGCACAGGUAUGUCGUGGGUGCGUGACGAUCAACUUAGUGGAAUGGGCGAAGCACCUCGGGAAGUGCGGCACCCAGCCGAAGUGAUGACGAAGGCAGGCAAGGGAUGGUUGGACGAGAACACCUUGGCAAGAUGGUGCGAAACCAAUGUGGAGGAUCUCUUUUUCUCUGAGUGCAACAGUGCUGUCCGAGAUGGCAAGCCGCAGAACCUCGCUGUUAGCUCUUCAGGUGAUGCUGAACUGCUGCUUCGACCCUCCGCCAAUAGUGGCGGUGGCUCGGAGUUCAGAAUCCUUGGGUGGAACAUUGGCGGGGCAGAGCUUAUCGCUCUGUCAACUGCCCUUCUCGAUGUACGUGGCAGCAGCCUGGGAAAAGAUGAUCUCGUCCUACUGCAAGAAGUCCCUAGAGAGAGUGAGGGUUGGAGCUACAGUGAGGUUGGAGGGAGACGAGUGGUGGCACACAGGGCUUCGGACCAGUGGCGUGGUACAGGACUAUGGUAUGACCAGAGUACAUGGUGUGUCGUUCGCAAGCUUCGGAGUGGCAAAGGGACAUGGUUCAAGCUACGACACCUCGGGAGGGACCUUGAACUUUGGGUGGGUACGGCUCACUUUAGCCCUGGGGCCUCCGUGGACAAGUACGAGCGCGAAGUACAGGCCCAUUUUGAAGUGCUACCUGCCACGUCCCACAGAGUGGUUUUUCAGGGAGAUGUCAACACACCCUUCUUGUGGGCUAGAACAGAAGGGGAUGUGGUGGGCACCGCCAAGGAAGGGAAAGGCAACCUGCUGCACAAGGCUCUGGUGGAACGAGGGUUACUGUUGGCACCCCACUCACAGAGCCAACUCGAUACACCUACCAGCAGACCGAGACAGGAAGGUAGACAAGGGCAAUGCAUCGACAUCGCAGCCACCAAACACCUGAGGAUGACUGCUCAUCGUGUUUAUGAAGACUCUUUCAUGUGCAUAGGUACAGACCAUGAGUUGAUUGAGGUGACCAUUACAACAACUGCCAAGAAGACCUACCCCAGACACGACACCAAACCUCGUCAGUGGUGUGGAGGGAUCGAGAGGGUUGAUGUACUGGACCAAGACACAGUGGCAGACCUGUCCGAGAGAUGCACAAGACCGGUGCGAGGGCAGGGUUACAAGGAUAGCGAGGAGAUCAAGGCCGCCUUCAAGAAAGCAAAGUUGGCGGGUCAGGCUGUAUUGUGGAAGCGGGCUCUCAAAAUGCGGAGGGAAGCACGAAAAGAAUGGGAGCACCAGCGUCUGGUGAGAGCGAGCGAGGGUGACUGGCACUCCUUCAAAGCUCUCAAGCCCAAGAGGCAGGAGGGUUGGGACAUCACUUUCGCCGAGGCACAGACGAAGGAUCCCCAUCAGGUUGUUCACGAUCACCUCUCUCAGGUCUAUUCAGGACCGGAGCAGCACCCAGUGGAUAGCCCCUGGCAAGGGGACAUCAUCCUCUUCACGCGGGAGGAGCUUCGUGCCGGAGUGGCGCAAUUGAAGAAAGGGAAGGCGGUGGGGGUCGACAAGUCUUCCACGGAGCUCGUCUUAGGUCUUAUGGAACUCCCGGGCGGUGAAGAGCAUCUCCUGGCCUGGUACAAUGAUAUUUUGUCCAGUCAGCACAUCCCACCACAAUGGAAUCAGCCUGUCCUUGUUAUGCUCCCUAAAAUCAGGGCGCCGCAGACCGCUAAGGACCUUCGCCCGAUUGCCAUGGGAUCCACAGUCUGUAAACUGUUCUGCCGAUUGUUGUUGAACAGGGCCCUACCGCACAUCCGACCGCAGACGUGCACUCAGACUUCAGGACCAGGGCGACAGACCGGGGAUUACAUCUUCACAAUUAUCCGUAUUCUUGAGCUGACGAGGGAAUGGGGUAAUCCCCUUGUUGUUUUCAAGUUGGACCUUAGUAAGGCUUUCGACUGCCUGGACAGGGGAGCGCUUCUUUGCCAGCUUGAGAACAGACUUGGCCCGGGGGCAGAGAUGAAUUGCUGGCGUGGUCUCCUAGCGAGUACAACGGGCUUGCUUCAAACACCUUGGGGGGCUUCCUCGGUAAAGAUGCACACUGGAAUUAAACAAGGCGCUAUUGAGUCGCCUUGCUUCUUUGCACAUAUAGCAGAGGUCAUCCUCGCCGAAUCGAUUGAGAAGUACGGUUGGAGAUUUGUCCCCUCCCUCUUCCCGCAACUUCUUCCGGAGGAAAUGAUGUACAUGGACGACGGUCUCAUGUGGAGCGGUGAGAUGCGAGUGAUGCAGAACAGGGUGGAUCAACUUUCGGUCGAACUAGCCAAGUUUGGUCUCAGACUCAACCCGGCGAAAUGCCAGCUUUAUGUCUCCCACAGAGUCACAGGCAAGCAAUCCCUCAGUCUUAAUGGAGUCGAGGUGAAGGCCUCCGAGAACCUAGAGGUGAUGGGCAUCCAGAUGAGGGUGGGAAUCCCUAUAUAUGAACUGGUGGCUCCGAUGGCCUCCAGGGCAAGGAGUAAAUUUUGGGAGUGCAAGCACAUCUUCCGUGCCCGAGGUCACAUGAAAUCGCGGGUCCGGGUUAUGGAGAGGGUGGUGGGUGCUACCGCCCUGUGGGCGGUGGCCUGCGUACCGCCGGACCGGGCGGCGAUGUCACUACUCAAUUCGGUACAACUGCAGCUGAUGAUUUGGCUGCUUCGCCUGGCCAAGAGGGUUGACGAGUCUUGGGCUGAGUUCCGGCAGAGGGCUUUCCGAGGGGCCAGGGCGGCCCUCCACUCUUCGGGAGUGGAACGAUGGAGCACCACAUGGCUUAGGCGCUACUGGGGCUUUGCGGGGCAUCGAGCACGUGGAUCGCUGCACCAGCACCCACCCAUUAGCACGGAAUUAGAAAAUUACCGCACCCGGCCCUGGUGGUUACAUGAACAGUCUAAGAAGGACGGUGCCACACAUGUUCAGCGUUACCCCCGCCUCAACAACCUCGACGCUGUGGCCGGGACCCCGUGGCGAAACCUAGCCUACGACAGACAGGGUUGGAAGAACAGGGAAGAGGCCUGGGUGAAACACAUGGACCUCCCCUGGUCCUCGGGGAGGCAGUUCUCCAUCACGGAAGGGUAG